AUGCCAACUAUUAAGUUAUAUGUAGGAAAUUUGGUAGAAAAUUUAGCCAAGCCUGACUUAGAAGCCUUGUUUAGUGAAUAUGGACAAGUUACAGAAUGUGCUAUAAUUGGAAAUUAUGGAUUUGUGCAUUAUGAUAAUGAAGACUCUGGGAAGGCAGCUGUAAGUGCUCUAAAUGGUUCUCAGUUUAUGGGAAGAAGUUUGAAGGUGGAAAUAUCUAGAAGUAAAUCAACUAAGAUAUUUGUUGGUGACCUACCAGAGGGUACGACAAAAGAACAGCUAGAAACAUUGUUCAAUUCUUAUGGUAUUAUAGUAGAAUGUGAUGUCAUAAGAAAUUAUGGAUUUGUGCACUUUGCAACAGAAGAACAGGCCAGCUUGGCUUGUAAAUUAAAUGGUGAAAAUUAUAAAGGAAAUAUAUUACGAGUUGAAAUCUCCAGUAGUAAAAUGAGACAGAAACCAGGUAUGGGUGGUAGAGAUGGUUGUUUUAAAUGUGGUAGAUAUGGUCAUUGGUGA